UGUGCAGUGUAGCCAGCAAGAAAGGUGUAGCUUAUGAUGUAGAACCCUUGGUAGGCCGUGGGGAGGUUAUCAUUGUCGCGAGCUGGGCAGGUGCCAGACAUGCAGGUGGUGACCGGGGCUUAUAAAUACCUGGUGCACGCGUCCCUCGGCACAGACACACUGAUACAAGCCAGCACUCACCUCAGGGUCUGCGGACAAGCACCACCACUGCUCACCAAGCCCCUGCCAUCCCAGACAAGCCUCACUGGGAUUCAAACACUCCCUGCCUCACACUGCAAACACUCCCCAUCACUGUCUUCACCCUGCUGUCACACACCAACACUGCACACCACUGCUGAACCUCAUCCUGUCCCUGCACUGCACCAGAAAAACUUGACGCCAACGUUUCUAUCCCAUCACUACACUCUACCACACGGGACUUUAGCAGAGUCACCCCAUACCCUGUCCUCACACCUCAGACAACACUCUCUACCCUGCCACCACAUACAGACACCCGAGACUGGCUGCAGGUCUGUCCCUACACACCACACACACUCACUACCACACCUUACACCCUGCAGUCAUAUCCUACCACUCCAGACCUUCACAGCCUCACUCACAAGCCCUGCUCACCCACCAGCAGCACCUCACAGGACACAGGAACCCAUCAGGAAGGUCACCAUGGAGAUGAACAUCACGCCAGAGGAGAGGAACCCAAAAAGACCAAGGGAACAAGACUCCACCUUAAGUCCUCCUGCCAAGAAAGUCCAUCACAAGACGUCCCCAAUUGAGGGAAGCUGUAGUGACGUGACAGCCCCUACCCAGCCCCCCAUUCAGUCCCCAAGCCCAGCCACACACACCCUGCUGCACUCAGACCUGCCAGACACCACAGGGAACACAGAUGAGUUUAAAUAUGAAGGCAGGGAAAUCACAGAGGAAUUAAUAACUGAUGACAGGUCUGAAAGGAGACUAAACAUUGAGAAGUUGCAAAAGGAGACAGUACCAACAUUGAACACUAAGGGAGGAGUGGAUAUGGAGUUCAGCAGUGGAGGAGGAACUAGUAAUGUGCUUGCAUCCAGAGAAAUUGCUCAUGCAGACUCGUUAUCAGAAGAAAAGCUAGGAGUGGGAUUUACCAAGAAAGAAAGUACAAAUAAAGAAUCGCUUGAGGGAGGAGGAAUGGAAGCAGGAUGUCUAUGUGAAGGAGGAACAAAGGAGGAGUCAGCACCUUUAGAAAUGACUGGGUUGAAUGUUUUAUUGGACAGAAAGACAGAUGAGGAAGUAACAAUGAAGGAAGAAGGAAUUAAGAGAGAACCAAUGAGCUUUGAAGGUGAAGGAAUGAACAAGGAAACAACUUAUAUGGAAACAGCAAAUAUUGACUGUUUAUCUCAAAGGGCAGAUACAGAAUCAACCCACAAAGAAGGAAAAGGAAGGACAGAAUCAGGAAAAACACAAAUAAACAGAAACCUCCAGACAGCCACUGCAAAUCCAGCAAUACCAACAAACACUGCACUGGAAGGAAAGAGAGACAAAGAACCCAGAGAAAGAAUUAAGACAGAACCAGGAGACUUACAGAAACAGAUGAACAUAGACCACACCACCACCUCAAACCCACUGAAAAGUAACACUUCACCAAGAAAAGGAGAUAAAGAACCCAGACAAAGAAACAAGACAGAUUCACCAAAAUAUAAACCAAAACUGGAGUCGCAGGUCACUAGCCAGGGACCACAAAUCACCACCAGUUUCUUCAGAAGGACUCGUAGCUUGACGGAACCAGGUGGCGUCACAUACAAACCCAGUCUAGGCAGCACAGAAUGUAUUAGCAGCUCCGCAGGGCCACCGCAGCUCGCCAGGACCUCCAGCAUCGAUGGGGUGAGGGAGCAACAUGGCAAGAAGAAGAAGCGGUCAAGUCAGAAUAAAAGAUUGAGCUCGUCAGGGGAUAAGAACCUUCGGCCUAAUUAUUUUGUCGGGAUUCAGAUCUCUAACCCUGCUAUUCACCGCGGCCUCCUGAAGGUGCAGGAGGACCUGGUGGGGAGUGACGAGUCCCUGGUGCGCACCCUGGUGGAUGUGGCCACUUCACACCUCACGCUGCUGGUGGCUCACCUUGACACGGAGGACUCCAUCGCUGGUGCCUGCACCGCCCUGGAGGAGAGUGCUGCCAGGAUGAGGGACGGCCUGAGUGCCAGCCCCAUCACCCUUACCUUCGCCGGGGUCAGCCACUUCAACAACCAGGUGGUGUUUGCACAAGUGGUGGAGGACGACCAGCACGGGCGGCUCCUGGAUGUGGCGGAGUGUGUGCGGCAGGUGUUCUCCGAGCGUGGGGUGUGCAUGCCAGACACCAGGGACCUCCACCCACACCUCACCAUUGCCAAGCUGUCCAAGGCUCCACGCACCAAGGGAAAGCAUUCAGUCCCAAGGAAGGUCGACCCAUCUUUCUACAGUCAGCAUCUUGCUCUACACUUUGGCUCCCAGACAGUGACCGGCCUACAGCUUCUCUCUAUGAAUAAAGCCAAGGACACUCAACGCUACUACCACUGUGACAAGGAGGUUCUCUUUGACAUCAAGGUGGAGGAGGAGAAAGACCACUCAGGCUGCUGUUUUCCACGUCGCCCUGCCCUGCCACCUAGCCUUCACCGCAGCUACUCCACCACCACUACCACUACCACCACCACCACCACCACCCCACCAGAGGACACAAGAGACACCAGCCACAACACGUGGUUCAUCCCGUUGACUGGGGUGACAGCUUUAGUGGCUGGGGCGCUGCUUCUUGGCUUUGCCCUUGCUAGGAUACGAGGGAACCAGUGAGAGUGAAGCAGCAGUGUGUUAUGACCCCCACAGUGAUGCCUGAUUAGUGUGAAAGAUGCGAUGGGCCAGGAAGGUGGUGACUGGAGAGUGUGGGUGUGACAGCAGGAGAUGAAGGUGUUGGGAGACCAGUGGGAGACUUUCAAGACCCAGGGAGUGUGUGGGGGAGACCAGAUGGGUGAUGGAGCCAGGCAGUCAUUUAGGAGACCAGUGAGAGGCUGUAGAAGAUCCAGGGACAGUGUGGGUUUUAGAGUCAGAUCAGUAGGAGACCAUCAAGACCAAGGGACAGUAUGUGGAGGAGUUACCACAGCCAGAGUUACUUAGGAGAUCAGUGGAAGACUAUAGGGGAGCUAGAGACUGUGUGGAGGGAGAUAGAAGGAUAAAUAUAAGGAAAGAAGCCACUUACAUUUACAAAGACUGAGGGGCACUGGAGAGACUCGUAAGCCAUCCAGUCUAAGAGGAAGUAAACUUUGUGAUAGGAGAGACUGUGGUGUGUAUUGACGUAGCGGUGUAGUACUUAGAUAAUGUGAUAAUGUGAAACCUUUUUUUUAUCAUCUUUUCAAAAUAAAUCACCUCUAUGCUGAAUGAGAUGAUAGCAGUGGUUAUUGGCGAAUGCUUGAGUGUUGACUGGUUUUGUGAUAAAGUGCAAGUUUAAGACAGUUUUGAAGCUUUCCCUGUGCCGUACAACUCUUCACAGCAUGAAAAUCUGCAGUUAAGACAGUUCUGAACCUUUCCCUGUGACGUACAACACUCCACAGCACGGGAAUCUGCAGUUUAAGACAGUUUUGAAGCUUUCCCUGUGCUAUACAAACUUCACAGCACAAAAAUCAAUGUACAGAAUCUUUAUAAGCAUCUACAACAUGUACAAGAAAGAAAGGGAUAAAAAACAAUUGAUUUUGUGAUUUUUAGCCAGCACAGUGUUUGGAUGAGUGUGGAACAAGAAAAGAUCUCUCAGAGUGGCUAGUGAUUAGGGAAAGAUGUGGCAAAGAACAGUGAAGGGGAUAAAAUUAAAAUGAUUCUCAAGGAAGUGGUGGUUGGUGUGUUUGAGUGUUGUAUGUGGUGAUGUGUUGCAACUUCAGCCACUCUUUAUUCAAGCCAAAGCACCUCCAUGACUUCUCAGUGUGGUGAAUCAGAUUGCAGUAAUGAUAAAGUGUUGGUCAUUGGUGUGUGUGUGUGUGUGUGUGUUGAGUAAUGCAGUGGUGUUACAAGUUGAGUCAUUGGCCCUGUGUUUGAGUGUUGCAUGAUGUAGUAAUGCUUACCUCAAACCUCAAGGCUGUUCUCACUCCCAGUCACAAGAACUCCCUGACCAUCCAAUACUGGCAGGCUGGGGAAGCCACGUGUGUUGCUUUAUCCAGAGACUGCCUACAAGUCAGUGCCUUAUGUGUGGCAGCUCAAGAUGUAUAUUUUUCUAGAAUAAACCAUUGGGAUGUG